GAGGCGCGGGCCACAGCACAGGGGCUCGGCGGCUGGACCGCGGGGCCGUUCUCACGAUGCCGGUCACCGGGAAGAUCUUCCGCCGCCGGCGGGCCGACUCGGAGUCGGAAGAAGAUGAACAGGAUUCAGAGGAGGUUCGGUUGAAGCUGGAGGAGACCCGAGAAGUGCAGAACUUGAGGAAGAGGCCCAAUGGGGUGAGUGCUGCUGCCCUGCUGGUGGGAGAGAAGGUACAAGAAGAGACUACUCUGGUGGACGAUCCCUUCCAGAUGAAGACAGGUGGCAUGGUGGACAUGAAGAAACUGAAGGAAAGGGGCAAAGAUAAGGUCAGCGAAGAGGAGGACCUACACUUGGGGACGUCGUUUUCUGCUGAGACCAACCGGAGGGACGAGGACGCAGACAUGAUGAAGUACAUCGAGACAGAGCUGAAGAAGAGGAAAGGGAUCGUGGAGCAUGAGGAACAGAAAGUAAAGCCGAAGAAUGCCGAGGACUGCCUCUAUGAGCUUCCAGAGAACAUCCGAGUCUCCUCAGCCAAGAAGACGGAGGAGAUGCUGUCCAACCAGAUGCUCAGUGGCAUCCCUGAGGUGGACCUGGGCAUCGACGCUAAAAUCAAAAACAUAAUUUCCACGGAGGACGCCAAGGCCCGCCUGCUGGCAGAGCAGCAGGACAAGAAGAAGGACAGUGAGACGUCCUUCGUGCCCACCAACAUGGCUGUGAAUUAUGUGCAGCACAACAGGUUUUAUCACGAGGAGCUCAACGCUCCCAUACGAAGAAACAAAGAAGAGCCCAAAGCACGGCCCUUGCGCGUGGGGGACACGGAGAAGCCAGAGCCUGAGCGGUCCCCUCCGAACCGGAAGCGUCCUGCCAACGAGAAGGCCACGGAUGACUACCACUAUGAGAAGUUCAAGAAGAUGAACAGGAGGUACUGACGUUGAAGCGAAGGUUGCAUUGCACUGCACCUGUGUGCACACACCCGAAGCAUUAAGGGUGUGUGUGUGUGUGUGUGUGCACCCUGUCACACACCCGAAACAUAAAGGGGGAUGUACAUAUGUGCGUCCUGUGCACACGCCCAAAGCAUAAGGGAGUGUAUAUAUGUAUGCACCCAUGGCACAUUCCCCAAAACAAGAUCUCCUGGACAGCAGCUGCCCAAUAGCUGUGGACAAUCCCAGGUAGACUCAGAGCACUGCUCCCUGCCUGCUGGACUCUGUGUUUGUUUUCGUUUCCCUGUGUAUCCCAGGCUGGCCUAGAACUUGCAGGCCUUCUGCCUCUGCCUCGCUAGUGCCGAAUAACAGACCUGCCCGACCACUCCAUUUCCCACUGGAUUUUUCAAGAACUAAAUGUGUUACCUAUUGAAAGGAAACCAUGUGUUGUUUUCAUAUUUGGGGGCAAACUCUUCUUUACAUUAUUAAAUUUUCUUUGUAAAUA